AUGAAUUUUUUCUCUUCACUGUUAAAUUUUUUCUUUGUUUUUCAUUCAAUCUAUAUCCCUAUAGAGCAUUUUCUGUUUUUUCCUUCCUUCCUUCCUUCCUUCCUUCCUUCCUUCCUUCCUUCCUUUUGCACACACUUAAUCUCCACUUCAUCUUUAUUUAUUUAUUUCGCAUCUACUUUAUCUGUUCCUAAUUCAUUUAAAUGUCUUUUCUUUUUUCUUUCUUUCAUUCUUUCUUUCAUUCUUUCUUUCUUUCUGUCUCAUCCGCUUUAUCUGGCUAUAUGCAUUUAUAUUUCUUUCUUUUUCCUUUGUUUGGUUUCUUUUUCUUUCUUUCCUUCUUUUUUCUUUCUUUCUUUCUUUCUUUUUUUUUCUUCUUUUCAUUCACUUUAUAUCCCUAUAUUAAAUUUUUCGUUUUGUUUUUUCGAUUAUCACAUUAGGCAUUUUUCUUUCGAUUUCUGUAUAAUUAUAUUAUCUCUCUCUCUCCCUCUCUCUCUCCCUCUCUCUCUCCCUCCCCCCUCUCUCUCUCUCAUUCUCACUAUCGCAUUCUGUUUAUAUCUAUCUAUCUAUCUAUCUAUCUAUCUAUCUAUCUCAUUCUGUGUAUAUCUAUCUAACUCUUUUCUCAGUAUAUUCGUUGUUUCCUCAUAUCUAUCUAUCUAUCUAUCUAUCUAUCUCAGUCUCUUCAUUAUCUAUUUAUGUAUCUAUCUAUCUAUCUAUCGCAUUCUGUUUGUAUCUAUCUAUCUAUCUAUCUAUCUAUCUAUCUAUCUAUGUCAGUCUGUUUCUAUCUAUCUAUCUAUCUAUCUAUCUAUCUCAUUCUGUUUCUAUCUAUCUAUCUAUCUAUAA